AUGGCUGUAGAAAAAACUCCAAAAGGGCCAAGUCAUUUGCUGAAGCUCAUAUCAGUGUCAUUCAAGGAAGCAUCGCUGGAUUCUCCAUCAUUUCGAGCCAGUACAAACUUUUAUCAUGUCCAAAUUGAAUCUUUCGAGAGCUGGAUUGAGAAUGUUUUAAGGUUCUACAAGCACAAGUUUCUGCCGUCUCUUGAUGACUUCAAGCAGAUCAGCGACACAUUUUUCGCGCAAGCAUUGCCCCCAGCAGACUAUCUUUAUAAUGGGGUUGUAGAAAACCAAAUGUAUACCCCCAUGAUACUCGAAGCAUUCCAUAGUGAUCUUUGCAGCCUAUCAAAUCGCUUACUUGUGCUGCUAAGAGGCGACCCAGAGUCAUUUCUCUCUCAUGUCCUCAAGAUAUCAACCGACAUUAUCGAACCAUACCGAGAAAAGCGAAAGAACUUCGACUAUUAUCAAUCAAAGCAUGACACGCUUCUUGCCAAAUACCAAAGCACGAAGAUCUCGGGACCUAAUGUAGAACCUUCGAGUAUGCGCGAAGAUGCUUUUCAGUUGUUUGAGGCACGUAAAAGCUACUUGGAAGCUUCACUCGAUUUGGCUUGGGAAAUUUCACAAAUUCAGGAAGCUUUGGACGUUGCAAUAAGUGGCGUUGUCGGUACGCUCGUUAGGAGAGACCCUAUGAAGAAUACGAUAAUGAACACUCCAAAGGGUGGUGACCAGGCAAUGGAUUUAUACUCAAGACACUCUAGGUGGCAUCUGCAGAUGGUAGAAAACAAUGCUUCGCUUCUAGAAGACAUGAAAAGGGCGAAAGAACAAGUCCAAGCAUUCACGAUAAAACAAUUAGAACCUUCGAGGGAUCUGCGUGACUAUAACAUUAAAGGAAUCAAUCAAGCGUCUUUACUCGAUCAUAGCUCUCAAGGCUCAAAAAAAUCUACGGAAAAGUCAGGCUGGCUUUUUAUGAAAACGCAAGUUGGAAAACCAGCUCGCACAGUUUGGGUUCGAAGAUGGUGUUUUGUUAAGAAGUCUGUGUUUGGCAUGUUUCUUCUCUCCCCUGCCGAGACAGCUGUUGAAGAAACUGAUAAAUUCGGAGUUCUUUUAAUGAAUGUCAGGUAUGACCCUAAUGAGGAGAGGAAGUUUUGCUUUGAAGCUCAAAUAGCUGGCGCAGAGCCGGGUACGAACAAUGGGCGAAGUAAUACGGCAGAACGCAUUUCUCUUGUGUUUCAAACGGAGUCUUUAUCAGAUCUAAAGUCGUGGCUUCAAGUGUUUGACGAAGCUAAAAAGCACGUUUUGAGCUUAGAAAAAGACGACUCCGAAUACGAGCUGUCGUUUUCGAGGAUACCGCCCAUCUUCUUUGAGUUUGCGUGCAGUUCAAGCAACCAAACCGACCAACAGCUCACAUCCUUUGAUCCAAAUGGCCUUUAUGGAAAGUCCAUUUUGCAGCUAAUGAAGGCUGCGUUCUCCGAAACAGGAUCUAUUAUAUUCCCUCAAGAUUCUCCAUUUGAAACACCGCUUUUAAAAACCCCUAUAUCCACUAAACUCACGAAGCUCAGCGUAAUCUCAAGCUACUAUCUGGUCAACGAUGGAGUACCAAAUGCUAUAACAGCUAACUUUUGGGGCAGCGUUAACUGGAGCGAGUUCUGCUUUAACACAAGGAAAGUAGAUGGAAAUAAUUAUAAAGAGCGACAAAGUCCUGUGCCUGAAGCCCAUACUCCACAAGCAGAGAGAACAUCUCCAACUUGGAGUCCUAUGAACUAUCCAGACUUUUACCAAAGGGGUAUGAGAAAUGCAGACUUGCAAUUUAGGAGCCUUUUUUUCCCCACAGCCAUUCAACGGAAUCUCGAAAGAUCUGAUGAACUCCUUCUUCUCUCAUUCCCCUGUUCAUGGUCUCCCAACACUAAACAGGGAUUUUCUGGUAUGUGCUAUAUCACUGCCAGGAACAUCUACUUUUAUAUGAAUUCCAUGGGUUUCAUUUGCCUGCUUAAUAGAAGCUUAGAGGAUAUUGUCUCCGUUGAAGAAGUUAAAAUAGAAGGCGAUAAUAAGGCAGGAAUUCUGAAAUUAUAUGAUAUGAAUGAGCUUUCCAUGUCCUGUAGUAUCUUCUUCGAUAAUCCAGAAUUGAUAGCAACAAAGAUUCGUCAACUUCUUCAGAACGGCACUACAGAGGAGCUCAAAAGUGAGAAGGAAAUCCUUUCACUCUUCGCCAGUAUUGACCGGGACUUUGAUGAUAAAAGCCGACCAAGCACACCAAGCACAAAUCUCAAAGGAGGCGAGGAGGCAACUGCUGUAGAAAGUCUGUUUCGGCCUUUAGAAAAUCCCCUCAAUGAGCUCAGAAAACGUCAGCAAUCCUUCCAAAGCAGGUACUGCUCUGUGUUCAAAAUGGAUUUCAACAUUUCCCCAAAAGGCCUUAUGCACGUACUUUUUGGAGACAAAUCAAGCGCCUUUCCAAGCUGCUAUCUGUUAGCGGAUCGGUCUGGGUCAGGAAACACAACUACCGCCUGGCAAGUUAGAGAUUCAGGGGAUUUGAAAGAGGCGGUUAGGAUAGUUCACUUUAAGAUAGGCCACACUCAAACAUUUUUCCCUCCUGAGGGCAAUGGUUCAGGAGAUAGCAAGAACGUGGCCUACCUCGACAUGUUGCAAAGGAUGAAGCUAGCCAAGGAAGGGGAAUAUUACGAAGUUGACCAAGAAUCUGGCCAUAUAAAGGUGCCAUUUGCGAAGGCUUUCAGAGUGCUGUCAAAAUACAUCAUAAUUUCUCGGUCGGAUCCGAACCCCCGAAAAUCAAAGGGUCUGGACAAAGCAAGCAGUUGCUCACUUUACCUCUACUACGACGUAGCCUUCUCUGAUGAGAUGACUGGCGCUCGUUUCAGAAAUCUUAACGUUUUUGACAAGUUUUUGAAAACCUUAGUACUACACACUCUUCGAUAUGAGUCUGUUUUGACCCGCAAUGUUGUCCAACAGUACUUAGACAAGAUAGGAAAGCAUGGAAGAGUACUGAAGGCUAUCAGGCUUUGUGGACAGCUGGCGCUGGUCCAAGGUUCUGAGAAAACUGCCCACCUCGGAGACAAUGGGAAGACUAAUGUUGCAAGGUACUCAAGAAGCUCGCUCCUGAGGUUUAUGAUGCGUACGAUUUUGUUCUACACAGUUAAUGUCAUAUUCGCAGUGACGCGGAUGUUUUUUCAAUUCAUUUACGCGGUUCUCACGAACGCUAGGAUGAUCAACAAGGCUGUUCUGUUGGCAUUGGCGCUCUCUAUCAUCGCUAACUUUAGUCUUUUGGGCAAAACUACGUGGUCGUACUGGUCAGUCAAAGCUGCGGAUAAGCUUUUCAAGAGUUACGUGGAUAUAGAGAACAAGCCUAUGGAAAGAGCGUUGUACAUCGAUGAUUUGGAUCUCCUUUCUGACUCUUUGACCAAUGUACAAGACGCUUGCCUGGAAAAAUUCUUGGAAUCCACGAGGGAAGUGGAGAGUAAGUACCGCCAAACAAGACACGAGCUGGCCCUCAAGAGAAACGAGCUGUUAGUUGAGCUUAAAAUCCUCAAUACAAUGGAGAAAGAGAUGGUUCACGGCGAGUAUGUUACAUUUUUACUGAACGAAAUGCAAAAUUGUCGAACUGUUGAAAAAGAUAUGCCAGAUGUAUGGGCGAAUGAUUCCCAACUUCAUGACCACUGUAGCAGGUGCUCUAGUGAAUACAAGAGUAUUCAGCACCUACUUUAA